UAGUCUGUAAACCUAUUUUCUGAUUCACACUCCGGAGCAGAAGGUGGCGGUAAUGCACCAAUACGCUGGAUGCCAACCGCCGUAAAAAUAUAAGAAGAACACCAAUGCAAGCCGUUAAAACCUAAAGAAGGAUGUUUUGAUUCAAUACAGUAGAAAGUAGAAGAUACAGAACAGACGCUGUUCUUUUUUUAGUCUUUAAUAACUACAUUACAUAACGUUAAUUAGAUUAUAAUAGGAUAUAGCAAUGACGCUUGAGAUGAAGGUCUUGAAAGGUGGUGUAUAAUGCUGAUGUUGUUGGAUAGUGCCAAAGAUUGCAGUGAUAUGAACAGAUGAUAUAUAUGAGAAGCACAGAAAUAGCUUCACAUCUUACUAGCCCUCCCUCUGCAAAGGUGUUUGAGCUACUGCAGCAAAUAGGAUGGUGGUAGAGGUGGAGAGUUUCUAUGGUGUGUAUAUGCUGUACUGUACUAACCCGAAAUUCAAGGGUCGAAUAUAUAUUGGCUUCACUGUGAACCCAGAGCGCCGUAUAGGUCAACACAACGCUGGACGACACCGAGGAGGAGCCAAGAGAACAAGUGGCAGGGGACCAUGGGAGAUGGUUCUUAUCAUUCAUGGCUUUCCAUCUGAUAUUGCAGCUCUUCGGUUUGAGUGGGCUUGGCAACAUCCACACAUUUCUCGUCGACUGUCCCAUGUUGCCCGGCGCAGCCGUAAAGAGUCCAGUUUGCAAUUCCACUGGCGUGUGGUGUCAAACAUGCUGCGAGUGGCGCCGUGGAGUCGACUUCCCCUCACUGUGCGCUGGUUAAAGCAGGAGUACCGAAUGGACUUUGCUCCUGAACUGCAGCCUCCUCUGCACAUUCCUCUAACAUUUGGCUGUGUUCGUGCUAAGACAAAACCCCAGCAGGAGUGCAAGGAACAAGAUGAGAGACAGGUGGAGCGGUGUGUGUUAUGUGGGGUGUUUGUUAAGGCUAUGGGUAGACUAUCUUGUUUCCACCCUUCCUGUCAAAUGGUUAGUCAUCUGAUUUGCCUGGCUAAACACUUUCUGAAAGCAGACCCUUCCCACCUACUUCCUGUGGAGGGAAAGUGUCCUGGCUGUCAUCACUCGGUGCUGUGGGGGAGUUUGAUACGCCAUAAAAAUGGCUGUUAUGGUGAUUUGGAAGAAAUUUCCUCAUCCUCAUCUCAGGUUGACAUUGAUAUGAUUUCUCCUAUGUUGUAUCAUAAUUUAUUAUGUGUUGCCAAUAAAUUCUACAAUUUUAAUUCAUUUAAAUCUUAACAUGUAUUUAACCAGAUAGUUAUUAGAGGAUUUUUAUAUUUCACAAAGAUGUCAUAUA